CUAAUUGAACAAGAAAUAAACAGUUUUAUAUACAUUUAUGAUUAAUUUAAAGCGGUUAAUUUAAAAAUUAUGUAUAUAAUGCAAAAGUAAAAUUAUUUUUUGUAUAUUCACAUAUAUUUAAAUUGAGAUUUCAUAUUUUGAGUCCAAAAUAUAAAUAAUUUAUAUUUUGAGUUUCCUUUUCUUCAUAAUACAAUACAAAUUUUAUUUAAAUGAUCUGUUAUUAAAACAUUUGUUCAAAAAUAUAAUAUGAGUGAUAUAUGUAUAAUAAUUUUUUAUAUCAGUGAUUUAUCAAUGUAAAUAUAUUUAAUUUCUGCUACUAGUAUAUGUUUAUAUCACUAUUUAAUAUUUAUGAUUGAUUAUUAAGAUCAAAAAUAUAUACAAAAUAUAUACAAAAUGAAUUUAAUAUUAUAAAAUAUACAUUUUUGAUAUUAUAUAUAAAAAAAUAUUUAUAUAAAAUAGUAAUAAUUACACAUAUUUAUAAAAUUAAAAAAAAAUUAAAUUUCAAAAAUGAUAGAUUUAAUUUUAUCAAGAAAUAAUGUUUACAUAUGGAGUGCAGAAGAUUGGUUAAAACUUAGAAAAGAUUAUCGAAUAAUUGGAGAAUUCAUAGGUUGUCUUCCAAAGAAACCAAGACAAGAUAUAUUUUUAGGUCUUCCAUUACUCUUACAGCCAGAAGAAGUAUCUCUUUUACUUGAAAAAAAAAUUGCAAGACUUAUACAAUAUUCAUGUUUUCAAAGAGCACCAUCUGAUUCUUUAAAACAAAUUUUUGAAGAAUAUAGAAAUAUAUUAUAUGCUGAACAAGAAAAAUGUUUAAGGAAAGAAAGACAAAAACAGGUAAUUGGUAUGAUGGAUAGAAUUAUAGAAGGAAAAAAACGAAAAAUACUCGGGAUAGAAACAAAGAAGAAGAAAACAAAAAAAUCAUUAUCAGAUCCAAAAAUACAAACAGCAUUAAAUAAUAUUGAGAUAAAUAGACAGGAUCUAUUAGAAGAAGAAAUGGCAAAAUUACCUAAAUUAGAUAAAAAUGAAGCUUUGAUUCAGAUUCAUACAGUGUAUCCAUGGAUAGAUAAAGAUAUAAAAAUAGUAGAAUGGAAAUAUCCCUCUGAUUAUAAACAACAACUUCGAUAUAAAACAUAUAAAAAUUUAUGGGAAAAAGGAUAUUAUGUGUCAAGUGGAGAAAAAUUUGGAGGAGAUUUUUUAGUAUAUCCUGGAGAUCCUAUUAUGUUUCAUUCUCAAUUUAUAAUUUUAUGUAAACAUGAAAACGAAGAAAUUCCAAUAACUGAACUUUCAGCACAGUGUCGAAUUGCUUGUCAUGUUCGAAAGACACAAGUGUAUGCUUUCUUUUCUGAAAAUCAAAGUAUAAAAUAUCAAUCAUUUCAAUGGGCAGAAAAUGCUAUGCUUGAAAAUGUAUAAAUUUUACAAAAAAAUUAAAUAAUUUUUUUUUAUUUAUAUUUUUAAUUUACAAUUAAUUCAAAUAAUGCAAUAUAAGUAUUUUCACUUAAAGAGUAUCAAUCAAUAUAAAUCUAUUAUGUUGUGAUUCAGGAAUAAUAUUAAAAUGUUUUUUAUAUAUAACACUAUUUUUUCUGUCUGCAUAAUUCCGUUUAGUCCAAGAAUGAGACAUAUUUGGAUUAAUCUUUUCACAGGUAAUCAUUACUUUUCCACUUUCUAAAGCAUAUAAUGUACCAUUUUUUCCAAAACCAACCUAUGAAAUAAAUUUAUGUAUAUUUAAAUAAAAACAUUUGAAUAUGCUAUAAAA